AUGGAGAGUAACAAAGCACCUGCAUUCAGCCAUAGAACCCACGAUUAUGUGGUCAAUGAAUAUGAAACCAAAGACUUCGUUGCGGGGAGAACUCGUUCAAGUGAGGGACUAUGGCGCAAAGUUCACACGAAGGGUUUCGACGCUGUCAUUUGGGAAUUUAACCCUAUAACAAUACAGAGGCCAUGCCCUUUCUACGCACCUUGUCCCGCGGGUCCAGGUGCGAAACGGCUGCCGGCCUACAUCAGGAUCGAGGCCAAAAACAAAGAGCAUCAAAGUCUAUUCCAAGACGAUCUUAAGAAAGACUUCUUUGUCUCGCUCUUUGUCCUCAUUGUCCUGGGUUCUCAACAAGAAAUCAACUGGUCUCGAGAGACUAAGGAAAUGGAGUCUGAGUCUGAACUAUCAGCGUGGCAGAAUUUGGAGGAAGAGUUCUUGAAACGCACAAACGACUGGAAACCUAACUUUAUGGAGGGGCUUCCAAAAAUCCCUGUAAGAAGCGAGUACGGCGACAUUGAUACAGUCCAGCUAUCGAAAGAAUGGCAGGGCUGGCAUGACGUCCUUCCUCAGAUGGGCAUUCUUGACAGUGCUUCAAAGCACGGAGGAAAACCUGCGUGA